AUGUGCCAAGAUUCUGUUAGGAGUGGCGGCAGGGCUGGUUUUUUGGGAAUCAAAUUCGGAAGUGCUCUUCUAUCAAUCACCACAGGCGCCAUUGCUAUUGCACUGCUCUGUAAGUUUCAUCACACCGAAGCUGUCCUAGUGGUUAUCGUGUGCUCGACGUUAUUGUAUGGUAUACCCUCUUUAAUAUCAUUCAUCACAGAAACUGUAUUUGCGCCCAGCAGAUUCCGUAUUGGGUACUUUUACAACAUUCUUAAUUUUGCAUUACCACUGAUCACUUUGGGUUGUACAGUGGGCUAUUUCCAUGACACUUUGAGAGAUCAAACAUCCAUUCAAAACGAGUCUCAUAAGGUCUAUAUCACGACGUUGGACUCUUUACUAAUUUUCACUCUUUUCAUCAACGGUAUACAGUUAGGCUCCUUCUUAAAAGAUCUUAACGUGGAUCACUUCGGCGACACUGAUUAUACCAGCAACAAUACGAAUGCUAGUCAGUAUGACAAGGAGGAGAAUAUGGUCGAUAUUGGCAGGUUUGUGCCACUUAAAAAUUCUUCACAGACACUAACACCAGAUUUGGAGUUAUUACAUGGUGGUCCCAAUAAUAUGGACAAUGUAGCAUGGGUGAUUAAUGAACUCUCUAUGAAUACAAAUGCAAACAAAACCACAGCGUCGGAUGAAAACUCGAAUUCUUCAGUUAUUCGGCAUAAUUUAGGUCCAAUGCCUUCCAAAACAAACUUUACCUCCAAACAGUAUCCUAAAAAACCAUCACAUUCACAUUUUUCUAAGCUGAAAAAAUACAAUACUUUCUUUUUAGGUCCUAUAGAAAAUAGAUACAAAAAAAACGCCCAACCAAGUGUCAAGGUCCCAAAAGAGAACAAUGGAAGCCAUAGAAAUGAGGCCAGAUCAUCAACCAUCUCUGAUAUCUCUAAAAGCUUUUUGAAUUUUCUAGCAUUAAAUGAAAAAAACGGAAACUCAUCUUCCGCAGGAAAGACGCCAAGUGAAGGAAGAGUUUCCAUGAUUAUUACCGAAGAAAACAACACUCCAAAGCACAAGAUAUCUCACGAUUCGCAUUCUAUUGAAUCUCCGAAUUUGAAACUAGAGAGAGAGGCCAUUGAAAGAAUUAAUAGUGCUUUGCUCCCUGCAUGUUUGAGAGUUACAGAUAGAAUCAUUUCCACACAACAAAGCAUUCAAAAUGAACAAUCAUACCAGACAACACCGUUAAUACCGCAAAUGGAAAACGAAGGUGAUUGCUGUAUCCAAGAUAUCUUGAUGACUAAUGAAUUACAAGACAUUCCACAAAUCCCAAGGAUAGUCUCAGAUAGCGUAUACAAUAUCGGCCAAGAAUACACUAACCAUGUGGAACUGCCUGCUCAUGUCACCUUGGAAAUGUGGGAAAAGGACCAGGAGAAUAUACUUCGAAAAGUAACGACAAACCUGGCUGGUAAUAAAUUACUACCUCCUUUCCGAUUUACCUCUAAGAGUGAUAUAGAUCCAAAUUCUUCACCCACUGAAUUGGAAGUAGAAUUGCAUACACAAAAUAACUUUAGCUUCCCCUUUAAGAAAGAAGGAUCACACAUUGCUGCAUCAAAUGAACUCGAUCAACAAGACUUUAAAAAUUCAGACACCAUUAGCGAACUAGAUGAAUAUUUGCACGAUGCAAGUAUUCAAGAAGAGGAUGCAGGUCACUUAAUCGAAGACAGUUUAAACCAGAACAAUAUAUCCUCCACUACUAUCGACAAUAUCCCAAAGGACACAGCUAGAUUUGGUACCAGGCAUUCUCCAACUAAAUCUAUAAUUUCCAUGAUCAGCGGAUCCGGAAGUGUCAAGCAUCAGCGUUCACAUAGCACCCUAAACAACUUCCUUACUGGUCAUUCAAGAAACAAUUCUCAAAUAAAUCAACUUCUACAGGGCUCCUCUUCUAACAUGAUGUCCAAUACCUCACCGCAUGCUUCUCCGACCAAAUCAUUAAGAAUGAGAUUCGGAAAGAAACUCUCAUUAUCAAACAUCUCUGAUACAAUGUCGCCGUAUGAGAGUAGCCUAACAGAUUCAAUGAACUAUUCUUUCGGCCAUGAUCGCAAGAAAAACCAGAGUAUCGACUUUAGCUACGUGCGUACUUUACAAAGUAGUCAUUCGCCUACAAAAUCAACCUCAGGAAAUUCGCGUCGUGACUCUAUAAACAAUGGUAGACCUCAUAGUGUUGCUAAUGAAAGAGCACUCAGAACAGCAAGCACAUUAUUCUACCUCCAACAGAACAACGCCACGUGUACGCUGAAUGCGAAAGAGCCAGUUUUGGAACCGCCACAAUCUAUACGCUCAUUAUCAAGUGGCUCUGGGCAAGAAUCGACAGGAUCUGGAGCUGGUUAUCCAGAAGUGGUAUUCAGCGAAUACGACAGAGAAAAAUGGAACGUUCUAAGAACCUUACGUCAAAUAGCACCCGAAACAACUUUAGAGCGGGCCAGUUGA